AUGGCUCACAAGCCCCUUAGCCACCAAAUCGGAUGGCUCUACGACUUAUUGCUAUGGUUCUUAGCUGUUCUUAUCGAUCUUUUCUUCAGAGAAGUUCACCCGCGGGGUUCAUGGAAGGUUCCUAAACGGGGACCAAUAAUCCUUGUGGCUGCCCCACAUGCCAAUCAAUUUGUGGACUCCUUAAUUUUGAUGCUCGUUGCACGGAGAGAACUCAACCGUCGAAUAGCAUUUCUUAUCGCCGAAAAAUCAUUCCAGCGGAGAUUCGUCGGGCUGUUGGCAAAAGCCGCUGGCGCAUUGCCCGUGUCCAGAGCUAUGGAUAACUUGAAACCGGUCCAGGGAACCAUAUAUCUACCAGACCCUGUCAAUAACCCUACGCUCUUGAGGGGCAUUGGCACAAAAUUUGAUGGUCCGGAUUUCGAAAUUGGAGGCACAAUCUCUCUACCGCCAAUAAAUGGCCAGGCUCAUUCCACUGAUAUUGGGGAGAUUCGUGGACCGGAGGAAAUCAUUUUGAAGAAGCCUUUCAUGCACAAGGAUGCUCUCUAUCAGCUCACUGGGCACACAGAUAUCUCUGAUGACUUGAAAUUUACUGGAAGUGCUGCAGAACAGGACCUCUCAGGGUUCACUGGGUCCAAAUUUAAAGUUGCUCCACAUGUCGAUCAGACGCAUGUGUAUAAGGCGGUAUUUCAGACUCUCAAUUCUGGGGGUUGUGUUGGCAUAUUUCCUGAAGGUGGUAGCCAUGAUAGACCUAAUUUACUUCCUUUGAAAGCUGGCGUUGCAUUGAUGGCACUGGGUGCCCUAGCGGAAAAUCCCGACUGCGACGUAAAAAUUGUACCCUGUGGUAUGAACUACUUCCAUGCCCAUAAGUUCCGCUCUCGGGCAGUGGUGGAAUUCGGAAACCCAAUUGAAGUGCCGCCGGAACUUGUUCAGAUGUACAAAGCUGGUAAACGACGCGAAGCUGUGGGCAGGUUAUUGGACACUAUCUAUCAGGCCCUUGUCGCCGUGACGGUAGUUGGACCCGACUAUGAAACACUUAUGUUAAUCCACGCAGCAAGGCGGUUAUACAACCCAAAGGGAAAGAAACUUCCGCUCCCAAUGGUUGUAGAGCUAAACCGUCGCAUGGUGAAGGGAUAUGCUCAAUACAAGGACGAUCCUAGAAUUGUAAAAUUGAAAAAGUCCGUUAUGGACUAUAACAGGCAGCUGCGGCUGCUGGGUAUCCGCGACCAUCAGAUAGAGUAUGCCAAGUUUUCCAUCGUCAAGGUGGUUUCGACCCUGAUAUAUCGCCUUGGAAAGAUCAGUAUCAUGGCCAUAGGAACGUUGCCAGGCCUUGUUCUUUUCGCGCCUGUGUUCGUAGCUACCAAGAUGAUUUCGAUAAGAAAAUCGAAGGAGGCAUUGGCUGCGUCUAGCGUCAAAAUCCAGGGUCGCGAUGUCAUGGCUACGUGGAAACUACUAGUCGCAUUAGCUUUUGCACCUCUUCUUUAUACAUUCUACACCGUUCUUCUCACAUACUGGACCUAUCGAAAUCGUGUCCAGGGGUACGUUCCCGAAUGGGUCCCACUCUGGCUAGUGGUAAUAUUUGGAUGCUGGCUAUUCCCCUCGAUUACCUAUGCAGCAUUGCGAACUGGUGAGAUAGGAAUGGAUAUCCUGAAAUCCCUACGCCCGCUCGUUCUAUCCCUAAACCCCACAUCUGCGAACACCCUCGUUAAGCUCCGGAAGCGACGAGCCAAGCUUUCACACGAAGUAACGGAGCUAAUCAACACGCUUGGACCGGAGAUGUUUCCCGACUUCGACUCUGACAGGGUCAUCGCGGAUCCGUUUAAGGAACACCUAUUCACAAAUGAUCCAUUCACAGUAUAUAGAGAGAAUUAUCUUGGAUUUGCGGCGGACGAGCCAGACUCCUCGACACUUACAUCCAGAAGAGAGUCAUUUGUGCCAAGCCACCUACCACCCAACGAAUCGUUCCACGAUAUCAGCAAGAUCGGGUUUUUCUCUACGCGCCCGCCCAGUCGGAGCCGGAGUCGGAGCAGUUCGAGCGGCGGCUUAACUGGGUCCGGAAGUAUGCCGUUGAAAGCGUUUAGUACGUUGAAUUCCAAGGAGAGUUUUGAAGAGGUUAGUAAGCGGAUUCGUGGGGCAAUGAAGGAGCGCGGUCAGCUGAGGAGGAAACAGAGCGAGGAUUUCGGGUGGGAGAUGACGAGCUCUGUUGGAUCUGAGUCUUCGCUGGGUGAGGAGACAAAGAAGGAUUUGUGA